CACCACUGGCAUCCAGCUAUUUUCUUCUUUCAUCGUUUCUCGGACCUCGGUGGGUGUGUCAGUGUAUCAGUAUCAGUAUCAGUAUCAGUAUCAGUAUCAUCAGGUGUAGCAGUGCAAGAGAAAGCAAAGGGUUUUUGGUGGGAGGAUGGCGAGCAAACCAACCGAAAUCAGCAGCUCAAAGAUGUUUGGAGGGUUCAACAAGAGGUUCAAGCAUUUUAGCCCCACCCUGGGAUGCUCCAUGACCUUCCACAUCUAUUUCCCUCCUUCUCCUACUUCUUCCCAUAAAUUCCCUGUACUUUACUGGCUCUCAGGCCUCAGUUGUACAGAUGAGAAUUUUAUAAUAAAAUCGGGAGCUCAACGUGCUGCUUCAAGUGAGGGUGUUGCUUUGGUUGCUCCUGAUACAUCUCCAAGAGGCCUCAAUGUGGAAGGAGAGGCAGACAGCUGGGAUUUUGGUGUAGGUGCUGGAUUUUAUCUGAAUGCCACACAAGAGAAGUGGAAGAACUGGCGUAUGUAUGAUUAUGUUGUCAAGGAAUUGCCAAGCCUUCUGAGUGAAAAUUUUCCGCAGCUUGAUACAUCUCGUGCUUCCAUAUCUGGUCAUUCUAUGGGUGGCCAUGGUGCUCUAACUAUCUAUCUGAAAAACUUGGACAAGUAUAAGUCAGUUUCUGCCUUUGCGCCGAUUGUGAAUCCUAUAAACUGUCCAUGGGGCCAGAAAGCUUUUUCAAAUUAUCUUGGUGACAAUAAAGUUGCUUGGGAGGAAUAUGAUACCACUUCCCUAAUAUCAAAGUCUCGCAAUGUGUCAGCUACCAUUUUAAUUGAUCAGGGUGUAGAUGACAAAUUCUUGCACGAUCAAUUGCUACCACACAAGUUUGAUGAGGCAUGCAAAACUGCUGGUGUUCCUCUCUUGUUAAGGUUGCAGCCCGGAUAUGAUCACUCCUACUUUUUCAUUUCAACCUUCAUAGAUGAUCAUAUCCGUCACCAUGCUCAAGCCCUUAAUCUACCAUGAAAUUUGAACCGGCCAAGAAUCUAGAAUCCCCUUGAAGUCUUCUUUCAUGUGUUUGUUGAGAAGCUUGAAGAACUCGUGUACCUUUUGUUAAACCAUGGACCAUAUCUUUGUUUAAAUAAUAGUUGGGUGUUUUUUUUUUUUUUUUUAAAUAGGUUUCAAUCAAGCUGAUAUGAGAACAUAUAUGGUAACCAAGAUGGUGUAUUUGGAAAUGUAUGACAUGGUGUUAUAAAGGACGUUUGAGCUUUCUGAUCA